UAUUAAAUUUAAAUCAUCCAAAUUUUGGGUCUCUUCAAUUCUUCAAAAAUGAAGGCAUUACAUUUCCAAUACAGACUGAACCCAACAACAACAACAAUAACAACAACUCCACAAUUACCAUUCUACCCCUCUCUCUCUCCAUCUCCAUUCCUCCUUCUUCUUCCUCUUCCUACUCAUACCCAUUUCCCAUCUCUCCAUUCCAAAUCCCAAUUCUCAUCAUCAUCAUCAUCAGCAGGUGCUUCCAUGUCCAUGGCGGCUUCUACAGAAACAGACACAGACACCAAACCCUUCUCUGUUCUCUUUGUGUGUCUGGGCAACAUUUGCCGUAGCCCAGCUGCCGAAGGAGUCUUCACCGAUUUGGUCAAGAAAAGGGGUUUGGAAUCCAAGUUCAAGAUUGACUCAGCCGGCACCAUUAAUUACCACGAGGGAAGCCAAGCAGACCCCAGAAUGAGGGGAACCGCUAAGAGCCGAGGGAUUCGCAUAACUUCAUUGUCAAGACCAAUCCGACCCUCUGAUUUUGUCGACUUUGAUUUGAUUCUCGCCAUGGAUAACCAGAAUAAAGAUGAUAUAAUUGAAGCUUUUAAUAGGUGGAAGUUUAAAGACCCUUUGCCUGAGGAUGCUCAUAACAAGGUUAAGUUAAUGUGUUCUUAUUGUAAGAGACAUGAUGAAACAGAAGUUCCAGAUCCUUAUUAUGGUGGACAAGAAGGCUUUGACAAGGUAAUUUAUUUUGUAUUACUAUUGAAAUCGAACAAAACAAGAUUAUUGUGUCUAAUUCUAUUAUGUAUGUAUAUAUAAUAUUGAUGAGUAGUUAGUUAGAUGAGUUUUGGUAUUAAGCAUUGGUAUUGGGCACUUCCAAUACCAUACCGAUACCGAUGUAAGGGAGUGAAGAGGAGAAGAUUUCGUUUUAUGGUAAAAAAGUCAUUUCUUCUGAUUAUUUGGCACGAAGAAAAAGAAGAAAACAGAGGGUAUAUGUUCUAUGUUGUAUUUCAAAUAUUAAGCCUCACAAAUAGGAUACGAAAACUUUGGAUUGUAAGUGAUUGGCAGUUUCUUAUUAUAUUACUUAUUAAAUUAAAAUGUAUGGAACCUGAUAUUAAUGGUAUGCCACUUCACAUGUAGUGUUUGACA